CCUUUAGCCUACUCCACAAUUUCCAUCAAACAAAGUGCAAAAGCUUAUAUAUACCUUAAGAAAGAAUAUCCAAGAAUUCUAAAAGCAUUUUUGAGAAAUGGCAUCAAGAGCUUUAGCCUCUACUGCCCUUCUCCUCUCCCUCAAUCUUCUCUUCUUCAGUUUGGUGAGCUCCACAUAUUGCCCACCACCUCCAUCACCAAAGCCAGAACUCUCUAAACCUCACCCCAGCUACCCAUCACCAGUGCCAUCAUCAAAGCCUACUAAAUGCCCAAAGGAUACCCUAAAGCUGGGUGUAUGUGUCGAUUUGUUAAAAGAUUUGUUGAGUGUUACAAUUGGUAAACCACCAAAGACCCCUUGCUGCAGCCUCAUUGGCGAUCUUGUUGAUCUUGAAGCAGCUGUUUGCCUCUGCACCAGCAUCAAAGCCAGUCUCUUGGGCAUUAACCUAAACCUUCCUGUUGAUCUGAGUUUGGUGCUUAACUACUGUGGCAAGAAGGUUCCUGAAGGAUUCCAAUGCCCAUAAAUCCACUUCACAGCUUAAAUUCAUUGCUUAAACUCGCGUUCUUCUUGUAUUCUCGUUUGAGAUGUUUUUGGCCUAUUGAUAUGCCAUUAACAUUUAAUCAAUAAGUUAUCAUUAAUAAAUCAUUACUUCUAUUAUUUCUUUUUA